UAGCUAUUUCAUCAGCAACGAGAACCGCUGGAUCAUCUUCAUUAUUUUACCCUGCUCUCUUGCUAAGCAUAUCUCAGCUAAGUCAGGAUUUGUGCAUAUAUUCGGGUUUAUUUAUUCAUUCAUCCGUGGCGCGUGAUGGAUGAAAAGCGCAGAGCCUCCUGUCAGUACGGAUCCCUGGAAUGCACGAAAUGGAAAACAGAUGUGGACCAAACAGGUAUCCCUACACCUGGCUGUCACUGUAGCAAAACCUGUCAAAACGUAUUGGUGAAAGAUGCUGAUGUGGUAUCAAUGGCGGACUCUACUAUCACAGUUGGCGACAUUGAGGGUGAACUGUGUAAGAUUGAACGGAUAAGAGACAUUUUAAUUAGGAGGGAAUCCGAACUCAGAUACAUGAUGGAUGAUAUCCAGUUAUGUAAAGAAAUUACAAGACUGAAGAAAGAGCUUCAGAAGCUUCUGUCUAUCCCAGAUAAUGACAAAUCCAAUGAAGACAAACAGAAGGAGGAAGAACUUCUAAAACAGAUUCAUAAAUUAGUGGAGGCCAGAGAUUUCCUGGUGGACGACGUGGAGUUUGAGCGUCUCAGGUGA